AUGUACGAAUUUCCAACACUUGAUGAGCUAUGCUUAGGAGAGAUUUCUAGUUGGGGUGUCGAGAUAGAUGAGUCAUUAAAAGCCAUUUCUAUUCCAGACAAUUUGGUGGCAUUGGAGUUGAGAUAUGUUCGAACUCUGGAUUUAGUUCAGUAUGUUAUCGAGCAAGAAUUGAGUAAUAAUCGGGCACAAAUCAGGCAAAACCCAGGUAAUAAUCAGGCAAAAACUGGUGGAUCUACCGUUGCCGAAAAUUUUCAAGGGCGUGGAUAUAAAUUAGAUAGCACUAGAGAACGUGAACUUGAAUCUGAACGUAAUGAGUUACUCAUUAAAACUGAAUUUUUUGCUAAUAAAUGUUCUGAUUUUAGAAAUGCCAAAGUGCUUGCAGAAACACGAUCAGAUGGGCUUGAAAAAGAGUUGAAAUCAAAAAAUGAAAAGAUUUUGCUUUAG